AUGUCUCAACCUUCUGUCUCAACUCACAGCAAGCGCACCAAAGAGCAAUCGAACCCUAAGAGUAAUUAUACUGAUAUGGAUCUUUCUGAAGUUAUUACUGAUGUUGUUCCUCUCUUUAUGGUUCCUGGGCAUGCCACAUCUAUAAGGAAGCCUAGAACAACUACUUCGAGAAAGGGCAAGCCCUUUAAAAGACAUGUUGAUAAAAAUAUUCAUGUGUUGAUCUUUCAAGUUUUAGGUAUUGAACCUAAGACUGGUGUUGUGUCAGAUGUCUCCACAUCCUUGGCCCAACCUGAUAACCCCACUGAAACCCCUCUGGAUAAAUUUGAUGAAAAUGUUUCUACUCAAUCCCUUGAAAAAUCAGAAGAAAAAGAUGGUUCUGAUGGUAUGUCUGGUGAUUUAUCUGAUAAAGAAGAAAACUCUAUAGAGAAGAAGGAUCAAUCUACAGACAUUGUGAAUGUAGAUGAUCUGGACUCUGAUGAUGAGCCCAUUGGUAAAAGAUUGGAUCUAGGAAUAGCUAAAAGGUUAAAUAACAGAAAAGAUAUUGUGUCUGCUACAAGAAAGCAAGCUUAUGGGAAGAAGAUUCCAACAAAUAUUCCUGAAGUUCUAAUUGACAACAUCUCCUUUCACUCUGUGGAGAAUGUAGAAAAGUGGAAAUUUAUCUACCAAAGAAGACUAGUGCUGGAAAGAGAGAUUGGAAAAGUUGCUUUUGAGGGCAAAGAAGAAUGUGACAACAAUAGGAGUACGAAGUUUAGAAAGGUGUAUGUACGAGGAAGGUGUGUGGACUUUUCUCCUGAAAUCAUAAAUAGGUUUUUGGGCAGAAAUGAAGAAGAACAAGAUGAAGUGAAAGUUUCUGACAAUGUCAUUUUCAGAGAAAUUACGGCAAAGUCGUUCGUAGGGAAACAUGUUCCAGAUAUUGUCAUGACAUCUGGACAGAAACCUACCAGUUCCACUACUAAGACUGGAAUCCUUGCUGAACUAAAAGACACCUGCAAAACCUUGGAUGAUACUAUCAAAGUGUGUAUUGACAGGAAGGGCAGACUUGAGAUCUUGAUCAAGGAUUUAUUUGAAGAAGGGGCUAAGGGAAAUCUGGAAGGGGAUAAUGUGGAUGCAGAAGAUGCUAAAAGUGCUAAUACUAGUAAUGAUGAAGAGACAUCCAGUAGUGAUGAAGACUGA